UGGGUCUAAAUUUCAUUACUCUCAUAAUAUAAGGUCCUUAUUAACAUCAAAUCCAUAUUUUUACAACUCCAUUAACCACUAGCUCAUUCAAACCAGAAAAUUUCCGGCCCCUUCUUCUUCUCUUCACCGGAAAAUCUCACAUAUUUUCUCCAUCUCCGGCGUCUCCGUUCUUCCGAUUAUUGAAAAAAAAAAUGGAGCAUGUUCUAAGCUUAGGUGGUCCAUCCCCAACAAUUCUGGGGUCAUUUUCCACACGUUGGAAGCAGGCAAACGAUAGCAUUUCUUCCCUCUUCUUUGAUAGAUGUCACCAGGGCACACAAGAACGGCAUCGGCCACAAGCAUCAAAAUUUUCUAUUUUCGCUUGUCAGACACCUGCUCAUAACAGGCGUUACAGCAAGAAACGGUUUACCCACCCUCAAAAUACAGAUCUUCCUCCUGUAUUACCUAAGAAUAAGAAAAAACCGUAUCCAAUCCCUCUAAAACAGAUAUUGCAAACUUCGAGGGCUGACAAAAAGCUUGCGGAAAUGGGCAUAGAGAAGCCACUCGAGCCUCCAAAAAACGGCCUACUAGUUCCUGAACUCAUUCCCGUUGCUUAUGAUGUGCUUGACGCUUGGAAAAUCUUGAUCAAAGGACUUUCACAACUUCUCCAUGUCGUUCCAGUCCAUGCUUGCAGUGAAUGCUCGGAGGUUCAUGUGGGUCAAACGGGUCACCACAUUCAAAACUGCCACGGUCCAAACAGUGCGGACCGUAGAAGCUUCCACUUAUGGGUAAAAGGGUCAAUUGACGAUGUACUCCUCCCCAUCGAGUCAUACCAUCAGUACGACCCUUUUGGCACACGUAUCAAACACGACACAAGAUUCGACUAUGACAGAAUCCCAGCCAUCGUUGAGCUCUGCAUCCAAGCGGGUGUGGAAUUACCACAAUACCCUUCACGGAGAAGAACACAACCUAUUCGAAUGUUAGGCAAGAAAAUGAUCGACCGAGGUGGAAUAGUCGCCGCACCAAAACCACAACAUUCCGGUGACGUUUUGGAAUUCGACACGCAGCGGGCCCUUGAACGGUUCCCGCCUCCGGUUGACUCGGACGUGGUAGAAAUCGCGCAGUCGACAUUGAAUGCGUAUGAGAAGGUGAGAUGGGGUGUGACCAAACUUAUGCGGAAGUACACGGUGAAAGCGUGCGGAUACUGCCCAGAGGUCCACGUGGGCCCGUGGGGCCACAACGCUAAGCUUUGUGGAGAGUUUAAACACCAAUGGAGAGAUGGGAAGCACGGGUGGCAGGAUGCAAUUGUGGACGAGGUUUUCCCGCCAAAUUACGUGUGGCAUGUUCGGGAUCCAAACGGGCCGCCAUUGAAGAGUUCGCUUAAGAGGUUCUACGGGAAGGCUCCAAUUGUGGUUGAAAUUUGUGUUCAGGCAGGGGCUACGGUUCCUAAUAAGUAUAGACCAAUGAUGAGGCUUGAUAUUGUGGUCCCAGAUAACGAGGAGGCUCGGUUAGUCGCUUAAUGAACUGAAAAACCGACGUUAAUGAAGUGUUCUGUUGCGUGUAUAGAACCGAACUAGGACUUGUAGAGUGUUGUAAAUUUAUGAACCAUUAAUAGUUAAAGUGUAUACGAGUUGGGUUCGGGUCUGGAUGUGGAUCUGGGUUAUUGGUAGAUGUAUGAUCCUACUCUUUGCAUUACAUAUUUGAACAAAACGUUUUGUUAAUUGCUUAAUUUUACUCAUCAA